CAAAGCAGCAUGUUCCUCGCACUCGCGCUCCUGGCGCUGCUCGCCUCGGCGCGCGCGCAAGGACAAUGUCAAACUGAUAUUACAGGCGAUACCUCUGGGAAGGUAGUUGUUCUUCGGGACCAAGUAGUGCCGGCAGGUACACGUGAUAUGGAAAUCACUUUGGCAGCUAAUGCGUGCGCGUCGGAGCCGGGGCGGCAGCACGAGGGCACGGCGGUGACGGUGUGCGACUGGGACGCCGCGCCGCGCGUGACGAUGCUGAACGUGCGACAAGCGCGCGUGACGCGCACGGGCAGCGCCGUGCAGACCGCCGUCGUGCACAGCACCGCCUACUGCAAAUAAACUGCGCCUCAGUUGCUAAGA